UCCUUCAAAACGACUGGGAAAACUUAUAAAAGCUCAAAAGCCAGCUAGCGCAGCAAAGAAGAGACCCAGCCUUAAUCAUUACAAAGAGGUUUACAAUUUUGUGAGUAUGGCUCAUGACUACCCUCGCAGUUCGGGCUUUGAGCAGAGUUAUCGUUGUUACCCUGUCUCAUUCAUCGACAAGCAACAUCUGGAAAAGGGUGAUAAAAUUAUAAUGCCUCCGUCAGCUCUCGAUCGCCUUGCAUCUAUGCACGUCGACUACCCUAUGUUGUUUGAACUUAACAAUAGUAGUGCUGGACGAGUUACUCAUUGUGGGGUCUUGGAAUUUGUUGCUGAUGAGGGCCUCAUAUAUGUACCAUACUGGAUGAUGGAGAACAUGCUCCUACAAGAAGGGGACAUUGUUCAGGUGAAGAACAAAAGCCUGGUAAAGGGAACCUAUGUGAAGUUGCAACCCCACACCAAGGACUUCCUUGAUAUUUCGAAUCCCAAAGCCAUAUUGGAGACUACAUUGAGGAGCUACUCUUGUUUGACCACUGGUGACACUAUCAUGGUUCCUUAUAACAAUAAGAAGUAUUACAUUAACAUAGUUGAAGCAAAACCCUCAUCUGCAAUCAGUAUUAUUGAGACAGACUGUGAGGUUGAUUUUGCCCCUCCUCUUGAUUAUGUGGAACCUGAAAAACCAACAUCAUCUACUCUGGCAAAGAAGAGAACACAAGAAGCUGAAGAAGAACCAGUUCAAAAGGUUGCAAGGUUCAAUCCCUUUACAGGUUCAGCAAGGCGAUUAGAUGGAAAGCCUUCGACGGAAUCAAUUGCACCAGUUUCCUCGCCCGUACUUGAGCAGCACCAAUCAGAGAGUGAAAACGGAACCAAGGAAUCCAAGCCGUCAACUUCUGCUUCACGCCAACUUUCUGGAAAGCUCGUGUUUGGUUCAAAUCCCAACCAGCCCACAAAGGAAGCCCCAAAAGUUGCUCCAAAGACAAAAGAGUCAUCUGAGAAGGCAGAAGAUGAAAAAGAGACAAAAUUCCAAGCAUUCACAGGAAAGAAGCAUUCUCUGAAAGGUUAAGAUUAGGCAUUAGUCUUCAUCGCAAAGCGGGGUAAUGAAGGCACUUCUUUCAUAUAUUCUUUAUCAAGACAAAUAGGUCAAGUGAUUUUGCAGAGGAAGGACCAAAUGCAGAAUAUUCCUGCACAUCUCUCCUUUUGACAUUAUGUAGAUAUCCAUCCUGAAUUGACUUGGCACCUUCUUUAUAAUUAUGAUUUAAAUUUUAUUUAUCUUUUGGAAACAUCCAAAGCAAUCUUAUGCUCA